AUAGACGUCCGCGACGGCAAAACGGAAGAACCAUUCGACAUCGACCCGACUACCACUGAAGAACCGACUACCACGACCGCAAAGCCGACCACGACUACGUCUGCCCCUGUAGUGAUCCUAGUGGACGACCAGCCCGCGCCGGCCAACUACAGCGUGACUCCGCGGCCGGGGAAGAAGGGGAGGCGGGGGAGGAAGCGGCUGCCUCGCUCGCCGAGACGCGGACGACCUACAAGGAAACGGUUCAGAGAUAGGUACGACUACCCGGACCGCUCAUCCCGCUACCGCGGGCGCGCCCGCAACCUGGAGUACCGCAUGGCGGCGGACGACCCGCGCUUCGACCCGCGCGUGGACUUGCGCACGCGCCUCGAGACGCUGAGACCGCUUAUAGCCUCAGCCAACUUACUGAAUUCACGGUUUGGACGGAAGGCGGUAUCAUCAGGCAUGCGCACCAAAUGCACCUGCCACGGCGUGUCCGGCUCGUGUUCCGUGCGCACGUGCUGGCGCUCCCUGCCCCCCCUCGCCAAAGUGGGGGCGGCUCUCGCGGCGGAGGCGGCCCGCGCCGGCCCACUGCGGCCCAGAAGACACACGGGACGACACGUGAAGCCGCGGCUGAGAUAUGUUACUCCUAGUCCGGAUUACUGUGAGAGGGAUCCGGCGGCUGGGUCGCUUGGCACGCAUGGCAGACAGUGCAACGCGUCGCUGGGCGGCGCGGCGGGCGGCUGCGGGCGGCUGUGCUGCGGGCGCGGGCGGCGCGCCGUGCGGUCCACUCGGCUCGAGCGAUGCCACUGCAAGGCGCACUGGUGUUGCCGUGUCGACUGUCAGUUGUGUAGGUUGACUACUGAGGAGCACUAUUGUAACUGAACAUACAGACAACUUGAAAAAAUGCUAAAUUGACAUCAUUCACAGACGUAAAACAAAAACACAAAAAUAUAAGCUACCAUUGCAGUUCUCGUUUUCUGCUGCACGUAUCAAUAAUCCAUAUUACAUAGAAUGUUGGAAUAACAUACCUUGUUCUAAAUUAUGAUUUAGACAGAUUUUGGCCGUAUUAAAGUUCACCAGUUUUCCAUAUUGCGCUUCACGCGGCUCGAGCGGUGCCACUGCAAGGCGCACUGGUGUUGCCGCGUCGACUGCCAACUUUGCAGGCUGACCACUGAGGAGCACUACUGUAACUGAACCAGGGAGUGAAAAUAGGAUUUAUUCAUUUUGGAACACAGAUAGAAAAAUAUGAAAAAUGCUAAAUCGAUUAAAAAAACAAAAGACAAAAGCUACGUUACCAUUAAAUUUCUUGUUUACUGAAUUAUUGAAAGAUAAAAGACAGAAGCAGAGAAAAACAAAAGAUAGAUACUUUUUGAGUUCACAACUAUAAUACUUACUGCAUAUAAUAUUAAAAGAUACUACUCACUGAUCAGUCACCAUCCAGAAGAAAAUUCAAACUCACAAUAAAUAAGUUAUUCUUUCAAUACAAUAGAUUUUGCAGUAUACCUAGUCAUUUAUCUCUUAGCUUUAAGAUAUAUGGUGUAAAAAUCGUCUCUCAUUUAAGAUUAAAAUUACCUACAUUAAAAUAAAAUGGAAGUGUUUUAAAAAGUAGAUCUUCGUCCAUUUUUAACAGAUUUUAAAACGAAAAGCUUAUUUAUUUUAAUUUAAAACCACGAUAUUUAUAAAUUUCAGUAUUAUUUAGGUCCUAAAUUUUAGGAUAACAUUUUGUUGCAGUACUUAGGUUACCAAAGAAUAUUUUGUUUUUGUUCCCAAAAUAUUAAGACUGAUUUCUGUUGAUAUAAUUUUGUGUUUGAAUUAAAUCUGGUUAGGAUUAGAAUUAUAUUUCGACAAUAAAUGUUUGUAGUGGUAGAUUGUAAGCUAUAAAUAUUGCUUUUAGAAUGGAAUACUUGAACUUGUAGGGUUUUCGUAUAAUCCGUAGAUUUAGUAAUAACAUCGCUUGUUGUAUAUAUUUUAAUAUAUUUCGACAGCUCAUUCUUUAUGACUGACUUAACUCCAUGUUUGUAGUAGCUUGACGUAGAUAUAUUGUGUCAGAAUCUUGCCCUAACUAUAACUAUGAAAAAACAACUUUUUGUAAAUAAAAAUCGUACUUAGAA